GUAACUCUUCGCAAGUGGGAGUUAAACCAAGUAUGGAUCACGAACUACUGUUUAAUUCCAAUCGAUCGGUGCUUGUCUGCAGAAACGGCUGUGUUGCAUCUUCACAACCUCUGGCAUCACUCAUUGGCGUUGAUAUCCUGAAGCUUGGAGGGAAUGCUGCGGAUGCUGCAGUGGCUGUUGCUGCUGCCUUGAAUGUUACAGAGCCUACUAGCACUGGAAUAGGAGGCGAUGCAUUUUGCUUGUUUUAUAACAGAAGUACUAAAAACGUUCAUGGUUUGAAUGGAAGCGGUCGAGCCCCUGGUCAGCUGACCAUUGACCGUCUGCAGAGCGAGGGGUACGGCUUGGAUAAACCUUUACCUGUGAAUCACGGUCACACGGUCACAGUGCCUGGCGCUGCAGCCGCUUGGUGCGAUGCUGUGGAAAAGUUUGGAAGUGGGAAGUUAAGUAUGUUAGAUAUUCUACAACCAGCUAUUCGUCUUGCCGAGGAAGGCUUUCCAGUGCAGAAAAUAACAGCACACGCAUGGGCCAAAGGUGCUUGGCUGUUACAAGAGAAGAGGAAUAUGUUUGGGCAGGAUUUGCUGAUAAAUGGUCAACCACCAAAACACGGAGAAGUAAUGCAAAACCCUUGGUUAGCAAACACUUUCAAGGCAUUAGCCACUCACGGAAAAUGUGGUUUUUAUGAAGGCCGUAUAGCUGAAGAAGUUUGUAAAGUGGUACAGAAAUUUGGGGGCCUGAUGACACCGGAAGAUCUAAAGACAAACGUGUCUACCUUCGAGGAGCCAAUUAAAACGGACUAUAAGGGUCACAUCGUGUGGGAGAUCCCUCCUAAUGGGCAGGGCAUCACAGCUCUUAUGGCCUUAAACAUUCUAGAAGGAUACAAUUUGCAGGCAAUGGGACAUAAUUCUUCCGCUUACUUGCACACACUGAUAGAAGCCCUACGACUCAGCUUUGCGGAUGUCGCAAGAUACUGCGCGGAUACAAGCAAGGUUCAUGUUCCAAUUGAGAAGAUGUUGUGCAAAGAUUAUGCUGCAGAACGAAGGGCUUUGAUCAAAGAAAACGUGACCCUUCCGAAUGUUAGUGAUGGCGAAACCUUGAAGGGUAACGACACGGUUUACUUUACUGUAACAGACUGUGGCGGCAACGCUUGCUCAUUCAUUAAUAGUAAUUAUAUGGGCUUCGGAACCGGUAUCGUGCCUGAAAACUGUGGAUUCACACUGCAAAACAGGGGCCUGAACUUCUCCCUGGACCCAGGGCACCCUAACGUGGUGGCGCCACACAAACGGCCGUAUCAUACUAUUAUACCAGCCAUGGUGACCUCAGCUGAAACAGGCGAGCUGCUAGCGAGCUUCGGGGUGAUGGGCGGGUUCAUGCAGCCUCAAGGUCACGUACAGGUGCUGCUGAACAUGCUCGAGUUUGGUAUGGACCCUCAGCAGGCACUUGACAUGCCGCGUUUUUGUAUCGGCCACGGGCACACGAUGUCAGAAGGAAGCCUGAAUCAUGUUGCCCUAGAAACCGGAAUUUCAGAAAGCGCUGUACAGCAGCUAGUCGCUAUGGGACACAACAUUACUGCGAACGUAUCUGGCUACAAUAGGGCCAUUUUUGGUAGGGGCCAAAUCAUCGCCAAAGGGACUUGGCCCUUUAACCAUGUUGGUGAGAGUAACGUGUAUUGGGCAGGUUCGGAUCCACGUGCAGAUGGGGCUGCCAUAGGAUACUAGACCCUGUCUAACCAUCUGUAUUAUAAUCAAUAUUUACUCAGUCUCUAUUAAAAGCACAGAAGGAUUCUGUUUUGCUUCUUUAUGAGGAAGCAUAACGGCAGCUGUGAUACAAGGAUCAUUAACGCGGUGUCAGGCGUUUUUUUUCUAAAAUUUGACAAAAUUAAUUAAACUGUUUGACAAAGGUAUCUUCUUUUUUUAAAGAAAAAGUGGUAGCUUGAUAGACCUGUUCGAGGUUUCUUUCACACGAUGACACACUUAAGGCACGAUACAAACAUAAUUUAAAUAUGUUUGAAAAACAGUGGUAUAAAACAGAGUAAUUCUCGAUUAACUAGACAUCAUGUUUAUGACUUUAUUUAUUACGAUGAAUAAUGUGUAAAAGUUCAUUUUGUUAUUCUAUUACAUAAUUAUAAUAUUUAAA